AUGGCAAAGGCAUACACGCAGGAUGAUUUCAAUGAGUUGAUGGGAAAGGUUCAAAAGGUAGAUAUGCGCGUGGCAGAGUAUUUGGAAUCGGCUGGUAGAGACAAGUGGGCUAGAUUGUAUGCAUCUGUUAACCGAGGGUGGACAAUGACUUCUAACAUAGCAGAGUGCAUUAACCGACGUCUUCUAGCAGCUAGAGAACUGCCUAUAUAUGACUUUCUCGAAGAAGUUAGAAGGAUGUUUGCGAGAUGGAAUUACAAUAACCGAAGAAAUGGAACAUACACGUUCACUACUCUCGGUAAAAAGCUUCAGGAGAUGCUAUCAAUCAACGAAUAUGUAUUUGGUAUCCAUGAACAGUUAGUAGAACCGUCAAUCGAAUUCGUGUACACAGUACAUGAUGGAGGACGGCGAUUCAUUCUUAAUUUGAAUAGCAAAACUUGCAGUUGUCGUAUAUUUCAACUAAAUGAAAUCCCCUGCCCACAUGCAUGGGCUGCCAUUAAAAAGAAAAAUCUGGUUGCUGAGGAUUAUUGCUCUGAUUUGUUCAAAUCGGAGACCGUGUUGAAUACAUAUGAUGUACCUGUGGAUCCUCUACCCGACGAGCGUGAAUGGAACAUUCCCAAAAACAUCUUGGAGGAUGUGGUUUUGCCAUAA